GCCAUGGCUGCUGAGGAAGGGCAGAGGGAGAGAGGGGCAGCCUGCUCCCCCCCGGACCGCGACUUCCACCGCUUCUACAGCAAACUCUUCACCAUCAGGGCGUCGGACGACGAGAAUUUUAAAACCGAGAUCAACCUGGUGUUCGAUCAGCUCAUCUCGGAGAAUUACCUCGACGGUUCCAGCAUAAGCCGCGAGCAUGUGUGUUCCUUGCUCGUCCAAGCCUGUCGGCUUGUCCAGUUGAACCAGGAGCACCUCGUAAGCAAAAUGUGUCAACUAAUUCACCAUCUGCUCAACCGCCUACAGGUGACAGUGGAUGAGCAGAGUUUGGAUCAUCUUCUCUCCUACUGCAUCCGAGCACUGCAACAGUGCAACUCCUGGACUCAUGUUGAAAUACUGCAGGCGGUGGCUGCUCUUGUCUACGGUAAUGGACCACGGUGCCAGAAGUUCCUUCCAGACCUGCUGGGGAAAAAAGGAAUCUUACUGCAGCUUAGUGCACCGACACAGCCAGAUGUGGACCUGCGGAGGGCUGCUGUGUACUGCAUGGCCAAUCUCUGUCUUGGUAUACCUGGACAGCCUUACCUGGAGGAACAGUAUAAAACUGUGUCUCUGCAGACCUUUCUAGUUGUGAUGAGGAAUCCAAAGUCUCCUGAAGUCGAUGAUGUUACGGUUUGUAAGUUGUUGCAAAAUGCAUUGAAGGGCAUCCAUUCCAUUCUGAAUGCAGGGAGAAUUAAUCUGACGCAAACCGAUCAACUGGGGACUCUCCUGGCAGUUUUAAAGACAUACAUGUUCUAUGGUUUUCCAGGUGUGAACAUUGAAGUUCCUGCUGUCCUUUACCCAGCCCCUCUGCCCCAGUAUGAAGGUAGCUCACCCACGAAGGAGCCAACAGGAGGUGCUACAAACUCUUCAAAGCAAGUGGGGCAUAAAAAAAAGAAAUCUCGAUCCAAAAACAAGAAGGAACAAUCAGAGGACCAACAUGAGGACUGGAGAGAGACAGCACAGCCAGAACCACUCCAUGGAGUGGAGAGUGGGGGGCAGAGAGAAGGUGACUCAACUUUCAGCCUUCUCCAGGAACCAAAGAACUAUUCUGACAAGACAGUUUCUUCUCUCGAUGGUAAAGAUUCUUCACAUUCCUUCUGUCCUAGCUGGAAAAAAAUAAAUAGUUCUGACUCUGAGUAUUCAGACACUGAGGGAGGAAUCCAGAGCAAACUGAGAUCACUUCAAGCGAAAGUCCGUCAGGGCGCCUUGGCCUGCUUCCUUUCAACUAUAAAAUCAAUAGAGAAGAAAGUUCUGUAUGGCUACUGGUCAUCUUUCAUUGCAGAUGCGCCUGGCAUUGGAAGUCCACAAGCUGUGUCUUUAAUGACCAUUGCUUUGAAAGAUCCAUCACCAAAGGUCCGUGCUGGUGCACUCCAAGUCUUAUCAGCCAUCUUGGAAGGAUCUAAACAGUUCCUAUCUGUCGCAGAGGACACCAACGAUCAUCGGAGAGCUUUCACUCCUUUCUCCGCAACCUUGGCUUCCAGCAUCCGGGAGCUUCAUAGAUGCCUGCUGAUUGCCCUAGUGGCAGAAUCCUCCCCACAGACACUUACACAGAUCAUCAAGUGCCUUGCUAACCUGGUAACCAAUGUGCCAUACAAUCGCCUCAAACCAGGACUCCUUACCCGUGUUUGGAACCAGAUUAAACCAUACAACCGUCGCAAAGAUGUCAAUGUGCGUGUAUGCAGCCUGACUCUGCUUGGGGCCAUCAUUUCGGUCCAGGCUCCUCUCCCUGAGGUACAGCUGCUCUUGCAGCAGCCCAGCUCCACAGGUCACUCGAACAGCGGCUCAGGGACACCACACCGUCUCAGUGACUCAGAGUCCUGGCGAAAGCCCCAACCAUCAGGAAACCGGGAUGGAGAAAAGGAGAACUGGGAGAGUCCACAGUUCGAGCUCGGCUGGCUGAUUCAGUUGUGUAUUUCCAUCGUUACCUUACCAAAGCAGGAGCCGUAUUCAGACAGUGACACCAACACAGGGGCAGCAAAUAGCUUGUAUGAGCCCUCUCCUGUGCGAGUAGAAGCACUACAGGUAUUGGCGCUGCUUGUCAAAGGGUACUUCACAAUGGCGCAAAUCAGCUUGUUGGAGCUGGGUGAAGUAGCAUGUAGAUGUAUGGAGGAACCGGACCCAUCUAUUCAACUGCAUGGAGCUAGGCUGCUGGAGGAGAUAGGUUCCGGGAUUGUCCAACAACAUAAACUGGACUCGCCCACACCCCUCAGUCAAAGAGUACCUGUCAGCCAGGUCGUGACCUUUUGGUCUAGGAUGUUGAAUGGUCCUUUGCCAGGGGCAUUACAGAAUGAUGAGCAUCCUACACUCCAGACCAGCACCUGUGAUGCAGUUUCCUCAAUUUUACCAGAGGCUUUUAACAGUCUUCCGAAUGAGAAGCAGAUUCUGUGCAUAACUAUGCUGCUCGGACUCAAUCAUAGUGAGCAUCCCCUGGUCAAGGCGGCUGCCGUACGAGCUUUGGGCGUUUACAUCCUCUUCCCCUCGCUCCGACAGGAUGUGAUGUUUGUGGCUGACACUGCGAAUGCCAUCCUGACUUCCUUGGAUGACAAGUCUCUAAACGUCCGUACCAAGGCAGCCUGGUCCCUGGGCAAUCUCACAGACACCUUGAUUGCUAACAUGGAGUCCAUGGGCCUAGGCUUCCAGGAGGAGUUCUCAGAUGUUUUGCUACUCAAGAUGUUGAAAUCAGCCACACAUGCGUCCAAUGAUAAAGACAAGGUGAAGAGCAAUGCAGUGCGAGCUCUGGGAAACCUGCUCCACUUUCUGCAGCCUCACCACAUCUCCAAGCCGCAGUUCAAGCCAAGAAUCGAAGAGUCAAUCCAGGCUUUAAUCCGCACUGUUCAGAGUGAGGCAACCAUGAAGGUGCGGUGGAAUGCAUGUUACGCGCUGGGAAAUAUGUUCAAAAACCCAGCUAUUCCACUCGACUCGGCUCCCUGGGCAGCAGAGGCUUUCAGCGCCUUGACCUCGGUGGUGAAAACCUGCAAGAACUUCAAAGUGCGCAUCAAAUCGGCCACGGCGCUUUCGAUCCCGAGCAGCCGUGAGCGCUACGGGGGCAGCAAACAGUUCGGUGAGAUCUGGUGCGCGCUGGUGCUAGCCUUGGAGAAGAGCGAAGAGACGGAGGACUUCCUGGAGUUCAAAUACUGCGCCAGCUUGCGGACUCAGAUCUGCAAGACGCUGCUGCACCUCCUGCACCUCGUCACGGCCGAGGACCUCUCCUGCAUCAGCAAAACCCUUUCCGAGAAGGGCGACUUGAUCCGAGCCUUUGUUCAGCGCUUUCUGACUUCGGGGGUGGAGGCUGAUGAAACGGCGACUCAGACGGGCCCCCAGGACAGGAUCAGGAUGCUGCAAAAGGCCUUUCAGCACGCGGACAGCCUGCAGGGGGUGCCGGUGGACGAGAAACAGCUGGUUGUCAAAUAUCUGGACGAAAUCUUGAAACAUUGCGCAGAAUCCACAGAUACACAGGGUGGACUGAAAGACACUCAGGAGUGAAGAGUUGUGUUGCGACGGGGCAUACCUGUUUCUGCAGGUCUUAGGCUUAUGGAACGUUUUGACAGCUCUUGCCUGUUUCGCUUACUACUGCUUAUUUUAAGAUGGCAGGGUGCCCUGGCGACCGAGUGUUUCCAUGCUUCCCUUCUGCCUCUGAGGCUUUGGGAUCGCAUUCGGUGCAAGCUGAUAGUCUGAAAGCCCCACUCGUCCACGGGCACUAAGGGGCCCUGUAGUCUGUGCCAUUUCAACCCGGGUUCCGGCGGGCAUGGGCCCUUAUCACGUGAAAGCCGCCCCGAAAUCCGCCGCUAAUAUCGUUGAGAGAGGCUGGUGUGAGGAAAUCGAAAAGUUGUCCUGCUGGUGCAGUCAGGAGGUGUUCUGGAGUUAUACACAGAGUACAGGAAGUGUCACUUUGUGUCUGACCUGGCGGUGGGAGUGCCCAAGGGUGACACAGGGUGCCUGAGAUAUAAAUGGCAUUGUCCGUCAGCGCUAACAUCCUCUAUUUGAAAAAUGUUUUUUUUGUUAAAAUGUGGGUGGAAUAUUGAAUAAACUGAAAUGCCAUAGAGAUACCACAGUAUAUUCAGCACAAGUGGGUGGUAGUGCUGUGGAGUGCAAUAUUUUCAUUAUGUAUCUAAUGACUGCGCUGAUUACUCUCAGGCUGUAAGUCAGUUAAGCAUUUCUAUUUGUAAUCUUUUUUGAACCUUGUAGCACCAACACAGCGCUCACACUCCCCCUUCUUCAACAGCAUAAUCUCAGUGUUAUAGAAAGCUGGAGUCAUUGCGCUUUUCAGAGAGUUCUGUGAUAUUGAUUGGAUGGGCAGGGAGUUGGAAUAAGACCACUCCACAAAGGGAACUGAGCGUGAACUGCCCUUAAGUUUACAGACGCAUACAGAGAGCUCAUUUGCCCUGACAUGCCACUUCUGCUCCGGUGAUGUUAUUCAGAAGCACAUUUUCAGCUCCACUCGUGUUCCUGACAUCAGUAGGUUAAAGUCAUGAAUGCUGUGCAUUUGAGCAGGCUUCAGCGAAGGCAUCUGAUCUCCUAAAGACUUGAUUGACACUAUGCAAUGGGAUUUGCGCUUUCUCACUGGAGCCCCACAGCUACUGAAGAUUUCACUUUUUGAUUCUGCGUGUGUGGAUGAUUGCUGAUCCCAUUUCACAUUAUUAGCAUUGCAAAGGUUGGAAUAUUAACAGCUGUCAAAACCACGGGCAGUUCCUCCCAAUGAUUGAUCAAACCCAAUCUUUGACUUUUAGCAGCCACUCAAAAGCAUUCUUGAGGUUUACAGCCACAGAGAGUUGAGGGACAGGAAGAUUUUUCAUGGGUAUACUGUUGCUGGACUUGUAAGAGGCAAGAUGGAUAAAUCCUUUUACCCGUCUGUAUAAAAUCUACAUGCCCCGUUAUUCCACUUGAAAGCCUGGAGGAGCAAAAAAGGCACUUCCUCUGAAUUGGCAGAAUGUGGUUUUUCUUGUAAAAUUUUUGUAAUUUUCCCUAUUUCCUGCCUCAAAGCUGCUUGCCACUACACAGAGAGUCUGAGAUAACGUCACUUCAUAAAAAUUCCACAGGACAGCAGUCCUCCCCACCCACCCCAAUAUCAACCUGUUUGGUUGGGUAAAGCUCUGCAAGUGCCAGGUUAAGGUCACACCCUAUUAAAUGAUAGCCCUGAUUUUGUGGAUGCUGUUGACGGUGAAACUGCCACAGUUUGCCGUCAUUUCUCCACUGCAAGUGACAGCAACUUUGGGAGUCUGCACGUGCACAGAAUAGUAUGGAGAUCCAAAAGUUUCUGUCAGUGAUUCUGCACUUCUCCAGAGGGUGUGCUGCGGAAUGCAACCCCUACCCUAAGCAAUCAGUGACUUGAUGAGGACUUCCACCCUUACCUACGCUUUUAGUCUCACUGUAAAAAUGCUUGAAAAAGUGGCACCUUGUUGAAUGAGGUGCAACUGGAUUUUAAACUGUGUACUAACCUCAUAAUUACUGCCAAACACCCUCUCUGGCCCGAAAGGCUAAUUUUAUAUUUGUGGAAUGCCAAAUGCCUCUGCUGUGAUAAAUUUCACAUUUUAGAAAUAAUUCUUUAAAGUUUGCUUGUGAUAUUUUAGCUUCUGUCUUAACCCAUUCGUAAUUUAUUUCACUGAAAAUUUAAAUUAAAGGUGAAGGAUAAUCAGU